AUGGCGGUUGGCAGUGUUUUCAGGGCUCGACUCGAUGCGCCUACCGGCCCCCCGAAGCCCCGAAAGAGGGUCAACACGAAGUACCUGGCCCAACAUACGUGGUUCUCCCGCGUACCUGCGACAGCCCACGGUUCGUAUCCGUUACCUACCAGCAAUCCUCUUCAUGAUUCACAUCUCCGGAUCGCCGAGAGUUCCCUCUUGUCACCUACGUAG